AUGAUUGAUCAGCUUCUUUAAGAUAAUGGAUUACUAAGAAAAUAAAUUCCAAUUGGAUCAUAAUCUCUAUUUAGAGCUAUAUCAGAUGCUCUUUACUUUACUACUUUAUAGCAUUCAUAAAUAAGUUAAAUGUUGGUCUAAUAUUUGGAAAAGUAGAUAACUUUAAAUGUAAGAUUAAAAAUUAAUAUUAGUUAAUUCCUCAAAGUUUAUCAAUCUUAAAAACAAACUAAGCUUUAAGAAAUGAUUAUUGCAAAUAGCCAAGUUUUUCAAGCUUUGAUUAAAUCAAUUUAUAAUUAACAUCUAUGAUGUUUCGUGUGAAAAUAAACCUUUAUUACAUUCAAGAUAAUAGAUUAAUGUGUAGAAUAUACAAUAAUAACCAUCUCAGAAUGAUAGAAUUAUGCAGAGAUGAGAAUAAUCAUUAUGAUAGUGUUUAUUCAAAAGAAUUUAUUUAACAUGCAACACUCGUUUAAUAAAUAAUUUAUGAUGUAUAAAUUUAAUGAGAAAACUAUUAGUAAAUAAAUAAAACAAUAGAAUUGAAAGCAGAAAUACCUAAAAUUUUUAAGAAUAUUGAAUAAGAUAUUUGGAUUAAUGAAAAAGUUUUUAGUGAUGCUAGAACCACAAAAAAGAUUAGAUCAAAUUCUGAAUAGAAGAAAGAUUAAUUAGAUUUGCUUACAUCAGAAUUAGAAAACAUUCAAAAAAAAUAGCAUGAAGAGGAUUCAACUGAAAUUUAGAUUAUUAAUCUUAAAAGUAAUCCUCCUGGGUUAGAUAAGUAAUAAGAUAAAAAAUAAAAAAAAUAGUUCAAUAAAAACAAAUUAAAAUACUACAACUCCAGGUAGUAAACCUCUAAUUUUAGAAGUACCAACAGCAAGAGAAACUGGAAAAUUGAAAUUUUUCGAUGAAUAAAAAAGCUAUGGAUUUAUUGUUUUAGAUUCAGAUAAUUCAGAUGUUUUUGUUCAUUUAGACGAUUUAUAGAGAGCAGGAAUAACAAAAGAAGAUUUAAGAAAACUGGGUUCUUGUUUUAGAUCUUAAACUUAAGUAAAUCAUUAUGGAAGAGGAAAUGAAAAACCUCCAUAAUUUUCAUUCUAAUUAAUGACUUAUGUUGGAAAAUAUAAUAAAAGUAGAAAAGCAGUUGAUCUAAAAUUAAUAAAUGAAUGA